UAAAUUAAUAGCACAAAACUUCAGGGACUGUUCACGAAAGUUACAAAAAAGAAAAAUUAUCCGAGGGACUCACAGUAACUUUCGCCUCAACUGUACGGAAAAUCCAACCUAUUUAAACCCAUUUGAAAAAUUUUGAAAUCCAUCUUCGUCUUCAUCGUCGAAGGCUCGAAGCUUCAGCAAUGGCAGCGGCGGCGGCGGCGCUCCGGCAACCAUGGACGACGCUUUGCACUAUAAUGGCCGCCGAUACCUCCAACCCCUCCUACCGCGCUUGCUCCCUCUGCGAUCGGCCCCUCCCCGACUCCCCUUCCUCCUCCCCCUGCCCUCUUUGCAUCCGCCACUCCUCCGCCGCCGGCUCUCACCGCCUCUUCCGCCUUCUCAUCUCCAUCGCGACAUCAGACAAAGUAUUGAUUGUGAUCUGUUUCGAUAGGGCAACACGCGCGAUCUUCGGCGGCAGCGCCGAUGAGUUCUUCGACCUUUGCGAACUCCACCCUGACGCUGUGUGGAUGGCUGGGGAGAUGAUGGUUGGGGAGAUUUGCCGGGUGACGUUGCGGCGGCCGACGAAUGGCAAUGCGGAGCACUUGCGUGCCGUGUCGCUCGUCCCUCUACGCGCUGAGUUCCGGCCGGUGAUUGCGCGGCUGCGGAGCUUGUAUGGAGCUCCGAGUCAUUGAGGUGCGCAUCAAGUGUUUGUUAAAAUGCCCAAAUCGGGGGAUCCCAAUUUUCUAAAGUGAAGGGAAGUGAUAUCACUUUCAGGACUUCUGUGUUUAUUUGUUAGAAAGUGAGAUUAGAACCGAAGAAUUUAAGUGUUGGAUGAAGUUGUAUGAGUUUAAAAAAAAUUUUAGAAGUGAAAAAAAGUUAGUUUUUAUA